AUGGCCGCAGCUGAGACUGCCUUGUCCUCUGUCAGUACACUGGCCACGCUGGGCCAGUUCCUGGACACCCAAGAGGACUUCCUCAAGUGGUGGCGCCCCGACGAGACACAGGAUUUGGGCCCGGGUCCCCCGGAUCUCACGGGACCAUCCCUUCACGUGAGUCUGAAAUCGCAGACCCCUCACGGAGAGGACGAGGACGAUGAGAGGGACGUGACCUGUGCCUGGGAUCCGGAUCUUUUCCUUACCAACUUCCCAGGUCCCGAGCCGCCAGGCACUCCCCGGACCUGUGCUCUGGUGCCCAGCGGGGCUCCGGUGGCACAGUACGCGGCGCCCGAGGCUCUGGGCGCCUAUGCAAGUGGCCCAGGGUUGGUGGCCGGGUCUUUGGGCUCCGAGGAGCACACGGGCUGGGCGCACUCCGCCCCGCGAGCCCCAGCCCCUGAGCCCUUCGUGGCCCCUGACCUGGCCCCGGGAUCUGUGCCCAAGGCGCAGCCUGCAUUCUCCGAUUCGCGAGCGGGCUCGGCAGGCGGUUUCUUCCCGCGGGCCGGGCUCGGGGUGCCCACGGCUCCCAGCGCCCCCUACGGGCUGCUGUCAGGGUACCCUGCGCUGUACCCCGCGCCACAGUACCAAGGGCAUUUUCAGCUCUUUCGCGGGCUCACGGCGCCUUCUGCCGGCCCCGCCGCGCCCCCUUCCUUCCUGAAUUGUCUGGGGCCCGGCGCGGUGGGCACAGAACUCGGGGCCACCGCGCUCGCGGGAGACGCAGGCUUGACCCCGGGAGCCGCGCCGCCCAAGCGCAGCCGGCGAGCUUUGGCACGAAAGAGGCAAGCGGCACACACCUGCGGGCACCAGGGCUGCGGAAAGAGCUACACCAAAAGCUCGCACCUGAAGGCGCACCUGCGCACGCACACAGGAGAGAAGCCUUAUGCUUGCUCUUGGGAUGGCUGUGGCUGGAGGUUCGCUCGCUCUGAUGAACUGACGCGCCACUACCGGAAGCACACUGGCCAGCGACCCUUCUGCUGCGGACUCUGCCCACGUGCCUUUUCGCGCUCUGACCACUUAGCUUUGCAUAUGAAGCGUCACCUCUGAGCUCCGGUCCUGCACAGACCCAAGAGUGGAUCCAAGGAUGGUCUUUCAAAGGAUGGGCCAAUAUUGGACUUAUAGCCCUACAGACCUACCCAGAUCAAGAACUGACCCGUAGACAAUGCAAAGGAGCCUUCAACAGAAUCCUCACACGUCCCCAGGGAGCCACACAGAAACAUCUGAUGGCCCCACAGACCCAGCAAGACAAGUCACCAAUAAAUAAACUCAGAUGGACCCUUACCAGUGCAGGAGUGACCCUGAGUCUUAUGGAGUGGGGUGAGAGUUCCCAGAGUCUAGAA